AUGACGGCUGAAGUCGAACGCGCAGCUCGCAGCAAGAUCAAGGCUCUCGACGGUGGUGCAGUCCAUAAGAUCUCUUCUGGUCAAGUGGUGAUCGACCUGCAGACUGCUGUGAAAGAGCUUGUUGAAAACAGCCUAGACGCGGGUGCGACCUCCCUCGAGGUUCGUUUCAAGGAUCAUGGUGUGGCUAGCUUUGAAGUGAUUGACAACGGAAGUGGUAUUGCCCCUGAAGACUAUGACGCCAUAGCUCUGAAGCAUCAUACGUCCAAACUUUCCUCUUUCGCUGACUUGACAUCGGUCUCCACAUUUGGCUUCCGCGGAGAGGCCCUGUCGUCUUUAUGUGCGCUCUCAGAACAUGUAAUAGUGACCACUUGCACUGCCGCCGAGGCACCCAUGGGUACUAUACUCGAGUUCGACUCCACUGGCAGGCUAGUUGGUCACAAAGGGAAGGUUGCGAGGCAGCGCGGCACAACUGUCACUGUUUCGGGGCUGUUCAAGCCGCUCCCGGUACGUCGCAGGGAACUCGAGCGAAACGCAAAACGCGAGUUUGGCAAGGCGUUGGCACUCCUGUCCGCGUAUGCCCUGGUCCCAUGCGCGCACGAGAACAGGGGCGUGCGUUUGACUGUCACACACCAGGCUGCUGGAGGGAAGAAAUCGGUCCAAAUGCGGACUGAUGGAAGUCCCUCGACGCGAGCGUCCAUAUCUGCCCUCUGGGGUCCCAAGGCCCUUGAGAAUUUAGUCGAACUUGACAUCGUGUUUCCCGUCGAAGCCGAACGUGCAGUGCUGAGGCGGCGAGGCAUCGUUGAUGGGGAUACCCAUUCGAAUGAAGUCCGCGUGCGCGGGCAGAUUUCGAAGUUCGCUGUGGGAUGUGGUCGGAGCGGCACGGACCGGCAAUUCUUCUUCGUGAACGGGCGCCCGUAUAACCCAUCCAAGGUACAGAAGGCGUUCAACGAAGUUUAUCGGACGUUCAAUGCGAACCAGGCGCCGUUUAUCGUGGCGGACUUCAUCCUUCCCACCGAUUCAUUGGACGUCAAUGUCAGUCCCGACAAACGGACAAUCUUACUCCACAGCGAAAAGAAUCUCAUAGAGGCUCUCAAGGUAUGCCGGCCCGUCUCGCUCGUGAUCAUUGCUUCCCUUGCCUACGCAUCUGCAGGUCGCGCUAGAGCAGAAGUUCGCGCCCUCUCGUGCGACCUAUGA